AUGUCGAAAAUAUUUUAUCCUCAAAUAGAUCUUUAUUUUAUAAUCGCAUUAUUACUCUAUGUUGUCCAGGUUGUGACAAAUCCAACCCAACAACAGCCGGGCAUUAAAAAGCGACAAUAUUAUUACCCAUAUAAUAACCCAUAUUAUAACCCAUAUUAUAACCCAUAUUACACUAAUAACGCAUAUACUUAUCAAGUUCCAACAUUUAGUGUAAGUAAAUGUGGUGGAUCAUUGGAUAUCUCAAGCUAUCAAAUCUUCGUUACAUCAUCCAAGAUAACUUUCCUUCUUGAAAUAAAAACUUCUAUGGAUUUAAAUGGGACUAUAAUUCAUCCUUACGUUAACGAUCUCGAAGCAGACAUAUUUUACCCUGAGGGGAUAUGUUCUUCCUCUUCACCGAAUCCACAAGGAUGUUCGAUUUUCAGAACUCAACCUACUGUUAUAAUCAAUACCACUUAUACGAUAACUGAAGAUCUUGUUUUGUUUGCAGAUGAUUUGGGUGAAUUUGCUUGUAAUUCAUAUUUUGUAAUAAUGCAGCCAAGUGACCGUAAAAUCAUAGGAUGUGUUAGUGCCACUCUUGGUACACUUGAAUCACUUGGCUUUUCUUCUGAUGCCGCAUUAAUAACAGACGAUCCAUCAGGAAACCUUCCGUCUUUAUAUAAUGCUCCAUUAGCUAUUGCUAUGUCUUUUGUAAUUCUCAGUUAUGUGAUAUCAAAAACUGGAAUUGUGCAAGCUUUACUCAGCUUUUAUGUCCCGCCUGAUAAUGAUAAGCCUUUACCAAGACCUCCUCCUGAACUCCAUGCAACCAAUCCUUCUGGUAAUAAUGGUAUGUUUCCGCCUGACCACCAUAAUACCAAUCUUGUAAAUCAUCCUAAAACUGUCAUCAAUGGUCAUGAAAUCUCUGAAAAUCAAACUUUUCACAAAAGUGGAAUCACUCACCACAUUGAUGGAACUACACAAAAUAAUGAUUUGUCUACAAAUCAACAUUUUCACCACCAUAGUGAAAUUACCCAAAAUAAUGAUUUAUCCAUCCAAAAUAAUGAUAUAUCCACAAAUCAAACUGUUCACCACCAUGUUGAAGUUCAACCUGAUCAAAACAACAAUAUAUAUCCAAGUGAUCCUGGUCAACCUAAUCAACCUGGUCACAACCACAGUAUACAUCCAAGUGAACCUGGUCAACCGAAUCAACCUGGUCACAACCACAGUAUAUAUCCAAGUGAACUUGGUCAACCUGGUCACGACCACGGUAUAUAUCCAAGUGAUCCUGGUCAAACUAGCCAACCUGGUCACAACCAUGGUAUAUAUCCAAGUGAACCUGAUCAACCUGGUCAACCUGGUCACAACCACGGUAUAUAUCCAAGUGAACCUGAUCAACCUGGUCACAACCACAGCUUAUACCCAAGUGAUCCUGGCCAACCUGCAAAACCAUCUUCUCCUAAAAUUCCUAAUGUAACUCUAGCUCCUUCUGUAUAUGAUAUCUUCCGCGCUGCUCAGUUUUUCGUAACUACUGCAUUAAUUUCUAUAAGUAAUCUAUCUGCCUACUACCGGGAUUUGGCCUCAAAACUUGGUUGGCUAUGUGGUUUACCAAAUAGUUUUAACUUGUCUUACCUAGCCAGAGUUGCUGAUAAUGGCAUACGAGUCUCAAUAUGUCAUAUGUCUAAUUUCUGUCAAACAAUUACUGGUGUUAAUUAUUUAAGUACGAAUAUAUGUAAUAUGGAUUCUUCUAGUGGUUUCUAUGAUUUCUCAACAAGAUUAUCGGUUCCUCCAUAUGAUUUAUUUUUCUUGACGUUCAUAGCAUUUCUUUCUGCAUUGGCUCUUGCAAUUGGUAUCGCUUUAAUUAUUUGGCUAUUUGCUAAGUUUGGUUCAUGCUUACACAAAAAAUGGAGCAGCUUAAUAACUGUUGCUGAUAAUUGUCUUUUAUUGGUACUUGCAGUAUUUUCCCUUGGAAUAAUAAUCCUUUGUGGCGCUAAAAUCUUUAAUGAUCUAUAUAAAAAACCCGAAUCAUUUAAAAAUGUUGAUCAUAAAUAUGUUUAUGGUGCAUUAUAUUCCCAAUAUGUAGAAGAUAGUGUCAUUAACAAAUCUCGUAUCUGGUUUUUUACAAUCAUGAUUUCUUAUGAUUUCUCUCGAGGUGUUAUCGUUGGAAUAGCUCAAAAUUAUAAUUUUAUUCAAAUAAUUGGUUUAAUUAGUACUGAAUUAAUUUUAUUAAUUUUAUUAUUUCGGUUUAAACCUUAUAAAACUGAAUUAUUUGUUAAAAUUGAUUUAAUGAAUACUUUACAUAUUAGUAUAUCAAUUUUAAAAUUAGUGGUUUCAAUUUUAUUAGUUACUUUUAUUUUUGUUUCUAAUACUUCUCUUGAAGGUUUUCUUUAUUUCUUACAUUUUAUUGUUGUAUUUCUUUUAUUGUUGGUAAUUUCUUUACAAUUAUUUUCUACUAUAAGAAGUUUCUUCCGUAAAAACCCUGAUCAAGAAAAUGAAAAGAUUGAAAAGUCUGAAUGA